GCCAGCCUUCAGCUAGAAGAAGUCAUUGGCAUUGGAGGCUUUGGAAAGGUUGUUUACAGAGGGUUGUGGUGUGAUGCUGAGGUAGCUGUAAAGGUUUCAUGCAAUGAAAGUAACCAGCAGGUUGAUCACAUCAUUGAUAAUGUCAGACAAGAAGCCAAGUUGCUGUGGCUGCUCGAUCACGAGAACAUCAUUUCACUGAAAGGAGUUUGUCUUCAACCGCCAAACGUGUGUCUGGUGAUGGAAUACGCUAGGGGUGGUCCUUUGAAUCGAGCCCUUGCUGGGAAACGUUUGAGUCCAGAUGUGGUGGUAGAGUGGGCACUCCAGAUUGCAAGGGGUAUGAAAUAUUUGCACGAGGAUGCUCCCAUACCUUUGAUACACAGAGAUCUCAAGUCUAACAACAUUUUGCUGCUGGAGAAGUUUGAUGGUGUUGAAGCACGUGACAACAAAAUGAAGAUUACAGAUUUUGGAUUAGCUCGUGAGAUUCACCACAUCACAAGUUCCAGUGCAGCCGGCACUUAUGCAUGGAUGGCUCCUGAGGUCAUAAAAAAUUCUUCCUUCUCUAAAUACAGUGAUGUCUGGAGUUAUGGUGUUGUAGUUUGGGAGUUGUUGACCGGGGAGACCCCUUACAAAGGUAUUGAUUCGCUGGCUGUGGCCUAUGGGGUGGCUGUCAACAAACUCACCCUGCCUAUUCCUUCCACUUGCCCAUCAUUAUUUAAAGCCUUGCUUGAAAAGUGUUGGGAGCCAGUAGCACAUGAGAGGCCAUCGUUCAGUGAGGUUUUGUGCAUGUUGGAUGAACUUUCUUUGUCAUCAUUUGUUAGAACGCCACAUGAAUCAUUCCAUUCACUGCAAAAUGAUUGGAAGCAAGAAAUCGAAACCAUGUUUGAAGAACUCAAAUCAAAAGAACUAGAACUACGAUCCAGAGAGGAUGAACUGAACCGAGCAGCUCUGCAACAGAAGAUCCAUGAAGAUUUCCUGAAACAGCGAGAAGAUAAGUUAGCAGAAAAGGAAGUAGAGUUGUUGGAACGAGAAAUGAACAUUAUGAUUCUUCAGCAGAUGAUCUCCAAACCUGCACUCAAAAAAAGAAAUGGUAAAUUCAAAAAGAGUAGGUUAAAGUUGCUGAAACCAACAAGCAGCAAAUCUGUGAAUGAAAUUUCAAGUUAG